AUGGAGGUCGUCGCCUCUCCGCCUCGAUCUGUCCACUGCCAGAUCCAUGCUGCUGUCCUCCUGGGAUCCUCAUAUGGAGGCAAAAAGGCGGAAUGGACGGUUCGUCGACUUGUGACGGCGACGGGUUUUACUGGAGCGGAGGCGCAUUUCCUUUUCGUCCUCUUCGCUCGUGGGAAGGCGCAGCAGGUCGGAGGAGGAAGCCGUGAGAAGUUGGCGAGAGAGGAGAUGGGGAAGGGCGGCGAGCUGUGGGACGACUCGGCGCUGGUGGACGCCUUCGACCACGCUGUCGCCACCUACAAGGCAAUGCAUGGCAAGAACAACCAAGCUGCUCCAUCUGAGAAACCAGAGUCAGAAGAUGUAGCUGCUGCUGCCGCUUCUGCUGCCGCGUACGCUGCCGCUGCUGUUGCAGAAGAACCUGUCUCUACUGAAGUGGCAGAUGAGCAAACAGAGAAAAAUGACAGCUGCACUAACUUACCCGUUGGCCCAGUGGAGACACCACAGCAGCCCUGCGAAGAAAGAAAGACCGAUAAGCAAGCUCCUCUUCGAGGAACUGAUCUGGGCAAAGAGACAAAUAUCUCUGAAUCUAAGACAUGCUUCUCUGAUGUCACCAAUACUGAGGGAAAGGAUAGCUCAAACCAGCAGACAGAGGACUACAAUGAAUUACUGAGGAAGUACUAUGAACUUGAGGUGCAAAGCCAGAAAGUUCUUGAGCAAUUACAUCAGACAAAUUAUUGGAAUUAUCAAACCCCUGAACAAUCUUCAGCAUAUCAACAGCAGCAAGUUCCUGCUUACAUUGCCACAGCACCAGACCCAAACUCUUCAACCACUCAAACCUCAUGCUGCUCCUUGAAUGUUCCCAUGGUUUCAAUCUCCUGCUGUUCAACUGGUCAACAAAGUGGCGAAUCCACUGGUAUGCCACCUAAUGGAGGCUGCAGCAUAUCAUUCACUUGUGAUCAUUGCCCUGGAGCAAGCACUACAUAUCCUACUGGUUCAGCCUUUACGCAGCUCCCAACUAAGGUAUCUACUGGCGAUGAUCAAGUUGCUAAGGCUGCAAUGAUGACUGCUGAAGGUGCCAUGAAUUUCAUGAGAAAUACAAUAUCUGGAGAUGCUGCCUCCUUUCCAAAUAUGAGAAAUGAAGGUGGAAUUGGAAAGGAGAAUAACACAACUGUGGGCAUGAACCUGAAUUUAGACACCACAGGAGCAAACAGUGAUCUCGCUGUCGUACUGAAUGCAUGGUAUACAGCAGGGUUCUACACUGGCAGGUACCUCAUGCAGCAAUCGAUGAAAAAUCCCCGAGAAAAUUGA